GCGGGGAUCCCAGGCUGGUGGGGUGGAGCUUGCAGCCUCCAGCCUAGACCACGGGACUCAACUUGCUCCUGAGCACAGCAACACUGAGCCCACCCGGGGCAGCCUUCUGACCUCCAUUCUGACCCUACUUCCUUUGGGGAUCCUGCCUUCCCCCCAGUCCAGCUCCCCAUCCCACCCUUGGCAAUGACUCUGGUGGCUUCCUCCCAGCGCUCCCAAAUCAUUCGCUCCAAGUUUCGAUCCGUCCUCCAGCUUCGGAUCCACAGACGGUAUCAGGACUUGAGCCUCUCAGGGUCCUUCACCACCUCUCCAGUCUCGGAUCCGGAUCCGUGGAUCUCAGCCUCAGGCCGGGCUCUGGCCCCUACCCCAGCCUGGCCCUCGGGCGCCGCCCCUUCCUUUUCUAGCCCUGGGGUGCUGCACCCUGAGCCAGAAAGCUGCCCUUGGAGGUCCCUGAAGAAGGAGUCUCCCAAGAUCUCCCAACACUGGAGGGAAGCCAAGCCCAAGGGGAGCUUGACAUACCACCAGUACAUGCCCCCAGAGCCAAGACAAGAGUCCAGAGCAGACCCCCAGGCCAAAGGGUCAGCCAUUGGUCCCCCUGGGCCACCUCUGAGGGAAGAGACAAACUCACAGCAGCCACCUGCUAGGAUGAAGCCCACUCCACUCCCCGCGUCCCUCCCAGGAGUCUCCAACCCCGUGCCUCCUCCACACAAGUUGGAACUUCAGACCCUUAAACUGGAGGAGCUGACGGUCUCAGAGCUCCGGCAGCAGCUGCGCCUGAGGGGCCUCCCGGUGUCCGGGACCAAGGCGAUGCUCUUGGAGCGCAUGCGCGGAGGCGCCCCAUCCCGCGAGCGGCCGAAGCCGCGGCGCGAGGAAUGUCCCGUGGGUGCUCCCUGGCCACGCCUCAGGCCCAAGGCCCACGUAGCGGCCCGACGACAGGGCUCGUCCAAGCCAAGCCCAGCAUCUCACCCGCCACCUCUGUCUCGUGCCGCGGGGACCCUCGUGGCCGCCCCAGCUCUGUCUCCGACUCCGGCUCCAGCGCUGACCCCUUCCUCAGCACCAGCCUCAGCAGCCCCGACGCUGGAGGAGGAGCUGCAGGAAGCGAUCCGGAGGGCGCAGUCGCUUCCAAACCGGGGCAUCGAUGACAUCCUGGAGGAUCAGGUGGAGCCUGAUGACCUGCUGCCCCCUAUCCCCCUGGACUUCCCUGGCUCCUUCGACGUGCUGUCCCCCUCCCCAGACUCUGAAGGCCUCUCAUCUGUCUUCUCUUCCUCAAUCCCGUCCCCCACAAACUCCCCAUCCUCCUCUCCCAGGGGCCCCACAGACUCCUUGGACUGGCUGGAAGCUCUGAGUGGGGGUCCUCCGCUGGGCUGUGGUCCCCCAGCCCCCAGCAUCUUCUCUGCUGAUUUAUCUGACUCCAGUGGCAGCCGGCUGUGGGACCUGCUGGAGGGUCCAUGGUGACUGGAUUCUGGGGUUUCAAGAGACUGAGAACUGGUAGGGAUGGGAAGGUCACAGAGAUAGACUCUGUGAGGGAGGGGGUGGAACAACCAGCAGAGUCCUCUCCCACCACAGACGCAGAGACAAUUCUCAUCACCUGGCCCCCAAACUGCUGUUGACAUGGCAACCACCUGACUUGUGCCUGCCUGACCUCCAUAGCAUCCCCUUCACGGUUGUGUGGUGGGGGCGGGGAGGCUUCAUUGCUGCUGGCCAGGGCAAACAAACUGCUUGCUGCUUCCUGCAGAGACCUCUUGGAUGUCUUCUUCUAAUCCCACCAACUACAUGGCUGCCUGUUGCUGGGAAAUCUGGAAGGUGGUCUGCGCUUUCCAGAUGCAGGAGAGGGGCAGGGAAGAGUGGGGAGUGAGAAUCGGGAGCAGGAUCCUUGGCUUCUGGUUGGAGAUGAGAAAAUCAGAAACAUCGUGUCUGAGGUCAGAUUCUGAGCAGAACCUGAGACAAGAUUCAUGUGUCCAUGAUUUAUUAAAGAAAUGCUCCUGGGAGAAACCAAAAGGAG